UAGCCCCGAUAUCCGGUCCAAGUUCCCUCUCAAUUCUUUUCGGACUCAAGUCCUUAUUCGCCAACGAUACCGACGCUUUCCUAAUCGGCGUUUUCUUCGGUGAAAAUUUAUUCGUAAAAAAAGGCAUUUUAUUUAUUACCCCCAAACGCCCACGUAAUCCACGACUACCACAAGCUUAAUCACUCAAUUGCUUAUAUUUUUUCCAUUAAAAAACUAUUUUAUGGCAACGAAGUGGUUUCUGAACAGGACUUUGUUUAUAAACAUAAGUACAAUAUCAUGAAAACCCAACAAAAGCCUCGGAAGUAUUGUAAAUUCCCGCGUGGCGUCGCUAAUCUCUAACAAUUCAAUAUGGCCGCGUAAUCUCUUGCUGGUGUUUAUUUUUUUGAACAUGCGGUCGCUAUUAAACCGGCCUCGCAUGACUGUUGAGUGUGCCCACCUGACACACGCUAAAAGAUGGAUGAGUAUUGUCCACUGUGUCAUAAAGUGGGUAAUUACAAGAAGAUCAGGGCUAUACAGGUGAAUCAUGAUGAGGCUGUCUGGCUGUGCGAGGAGGAAAAGUGUCCCUGGCCCUUCGGCUACGAGGAAUUCAAAUUCAUCCCCCGAAGGAUCGAGGAGCUAUCGAAAAAGACCUAUUCGAGGACUGAAACUGGUAAGAAUAAGGAAGCGACAGCGAUCUCCACUGAACUGGGUGUCUACACACCCCCUGUGACUCCCAGCAACGAAAGUUCCUCAAAAGACAGUGGAAAACUCGAUAAUUUGGGUGUGACAACACCGAGCACUAUUAGCUCCCCUUUCACCGGUAAAAUUAGCCCGACGUACAGGUCCAGGGCAGUCCUCACCCACCAACCAAUCAAACAAGAGAGCCCCCAAGAGUCCAACGAGAAAUUCUCAAACCCAGUCUCAAGUAUCUUUGACAUCGAUAGUUCAGUUCCAGUUGGGAAAAUUGGAAUUGCGGUGAUGAAGCAGGGGACAGGGCCUUCCACUUGUGAUGGUAACCGAGGGAAACAUGAUUUUAGAUCUAAAAUCGUCAAGAGAAAAAUGACAAAUGUCCCUCAGAUCAGAUCCAUCGAGACGAUUCCCAAUAAUUUAAUCAAGAUCGAAGUGAAAGAGGAUCUGGCGACUAAUUUAGUGACCCCCACAGUUAAGAUUAGCCCCUCAAAAGGUAAUUGUGAAGCCAAUCGGUGUGUAACGAGCCCUCCCCGAGGGCCUCCGCUGCCAGAAACUAAUGAAUUAGAAAAUUUUGAUUCAAUGCCUGAAGUACCAAAGAAGAUCCUCAAACUUUCAGACGAUGAAAUUGAAGAGAAACCUGGUGUUGAUCAAUUAUCUGAUCAGAUGUUAGGAGACAAUCUCUUGCAAUCGAGUGAUUAUUUAGAAAUGAUGAACUUUGAGGGGGGAAACGAUGCCAUGGAUAGCUCUGGACAAGUGGGUCUUAGUGGAAUUUUCGAGGAGUUGUUGGUGGGGAAUUUUCAAAAUGUGACUCAGGAAAUUGAUGACGACUGGCUCAAGUCCAUGCUGAUAUAGAUGUAGAAUCGUCAAGAGAAAAAUCACAAGCGUCACUCAGAUCAGAUCCAUCCAGACAAUUCCCAGUAAUUUAAUCAAGAUCGGAGUGAAAGAGGAUGUGUCAACUAAUUUAGCGACCCCCACAAUUCAGAUUAGCCAAUCAAAAGGUAAUUAUGAAGCUCCUGGGUGCGUAACAAGCACGCCCCAAGGGCCUCCGCAUCCAGAAACUAAUGAAUUACAAAAUUUUGAUUCAAUGUCUGAAGUACCAAAGAUCCUCAAACGUUCUGACAAUGAAUGAAUUAUCUGAUCACAUAUUAGGGGACAAUCUCUUGCAAUCAAGUGAUUAUUUAGAACUGAUGAACUUUGAGGGGGGAAAUGAUGCCAUGGAUAACUCUGCUCAAGUGGCUCUUAGUGGAAUUUUCGAGAAGUUGUUGGUGGGGAAUUUCCAAAAUGUGACUCAGGAAAUUGACGAUGACAGGGUCAAGUCAUUGCUGAUAUAAUGUAAAUAAAAGUUGAUCAAUUUUUCGAUGAAUUUGGACUACAGUCACUCAGGGAUCGCAAAGGGAAGUAAGUUUACUUGUUCGUUAGCUGUGAGUUUCAAUUAAUUGUAUUUUUAAUGAAGAACUGAACAGUUCAAUUGUACAAAAAUGAGAGUCAUGCUCUCAGACUGUUUAGGGAUUAUGAAUAGUCUAAGGAUUUUGUACGCUGUAUUUUUUCAAGGGGAAUAAUUCAGUGCGUGUGCGAAGGUUGAGUGCAUCAUUCAAAUUUCCACAGGUUUUGUUCACUAGCUUCGUUUCUAUUAACAUCAAGUAUUUACAUUAAUAUUUUUAAACAGUGUCACAGGAUUGAGGUCAGUAUUGAAGUCUUGUGAGUAGGCGAUCAAUUUUUCAGGUACUUUGAUUUUUAAUAGUUGAAACGUGUGAGAUGAGUGUAAAUAAAUAUUGUUAUGAAUUAACUGGCAUUUACGAUCAA